AGGCCUAGCAAUUAUCGCAAAUACCCAUUGAUCCGUAGUUGUAUCCCUCUUUGCACGCCCUAGGAAAAGGAACGUUGAUCCCGUAGCUAGUGUCUCUCAUUCUCAUCUUGUUUUUUUGCAUCGAGCUAACUGAACAAACUACAAACAUGUAAUCAAAUGUUUUGCACAGUUUGCUGGAUUUCUUUUCUUGUGGUCGUCUGCAGAAGUAGAUGAAAAGUUUCUUUAACCCAUUUUUCUGACAUAGAUACCGAGACGUCGCGCAGAGUGAGUACAUCUUCAAUACCUGAGAUAUACAUUUACUGUAAGUGAUAAGCCCUCAACAACGUCAACUAGGAUUACACCGUCCUGAUCCCAAUACCUUCAAUCCACUGGGACAGGGUUUGGAAGGCGAAGUAAGGUACCUACUUCUACUCAAGAUGUUGAUGAGGAUGUUAUCCAAGGAUCCGGUGCUGCUAAGCACAAACGGUGACACAAGUAUCCUCCAGCUCCUUUUCGGAAAGGGGUCCGACUCGGACGCGACAUCUGGGUACCGACGAUCCAAGGACAAUAUAUUCAACCGCCAGACGAAAAGUGGUAGGAUAUUCACGUUGGGUGAUUACGCCAAGGACAGAGUGGCCGGAGACGAAAGCGAGUACACUUCGGAAGGCUGUAAGACGAUUAGGAGGAGUGCACCACCUAAGACUAGCAAUAGCACGACUACCUCUACGGGUACAACAACACCGGGAACCAUGAACAUGAAGAUGAGCAUGAAAGCUUCUUUUUUCAGUGGAACAAGUCGGGAUUCCCUGUUGUUCCCGAGACCUUCCGCUAUGCAUGCGCCUUCAGCGGCUUCGAUAAAAAGGAGGACAGGUUUGUUUGUAAUAGUUCUGCAAGUGCUCGCUUUCUGGCGGUUCGCUUUCGCGCAGUCACAUGGUUUGAACAAUCCUGUGAUAUCGCUUCAAGCCGGGAAUUUUGAAAGCCACAUGAACAGUGGCCACCGCUAUUUUAUCAAAUUCUUCGCGCCGUGGUGUACACAUUGCAAGCGCAUCAAAUCCACAUGGGAAACUCUGGCGCAGAAUGUCAACCAUGAUGGUACUUCUACUACAUCGAUCUAAAAAUAUAGAAUGAUCCUAGGAUAGUAUAACAAUUACUAUUAGAAGGCUUAGCCUCGAGAUCGACCUCGUCUCACUCUGUUAAAAGACGGUGACCUUGUAUUCAAAUCAAUCGUGGCUUCUACAUGCUGAGAAUAUUAAAAACAUCAGCGCGACUGCAGGUCCACCACAUGUUCAAACUUUCGAUCAGAUUCUCUCGAAACAAGGAUAGCCGAAGUCGACUGUACAACGAAUGGAGAUGUCUGCACCAAAGUUGGGAUCCGAGUACUAUUUUUACUAAUGCUAGCCCUAGCGGAUCCGAUAUUGACUACUAAUUGGUAAUUCUAAUAAUGACUGUAAUUUCAACACAUUAUUCAUCAAGCAGAAACUGCAACUGUAAUUGCUGCAUCCUUAUUCUUUCAUUUUGAACUUUAACUUCUUCAGGGCUAUCCCACUUUGAUGUAUGUCGACGUCGACGGGGAGAAGUAUCAGUACUCGGGGUCGCAUAGUCUGGAGACGCUUACACGAGCGGCGCAGCAGCAAGUCAGCAGUAGAGAAGUUACUUCCGGAGAGGGCUUUGAGUUCACUAAGACCGGCGAGUCCAGAGCACAGCCCAAAGGAGGCUCCGUGCUUCGAAACACUGAUGAUGAAGAUGAGAACCUGUUUGAUGGUAGCGAUGAAAGCAGCACUUCUUCCAAUUCCUCUAUUAAGCGGAGCGCAGAUUCCAGAAAUAGGCCGUUCUUCGCGCAGCUACGUGAAGCAACGGGAAUCUUUGCCGCAUCUGUCGCGGAAACCGCGACGCAUGGAUGGAACAUGCUCAUGAGCAACAUGGCACCAAAAUCUGAUGGCACACCAACGGGCGCUGCGUCAAAAACUGGGGCUCCUGCGUCAUCAACGACUGGUCGUGCCGCGUCAUCAACAUCUUCAUCAGGCACAGCAUCUUCCGGAAGGGUAGACACCUCCAUAGGUAGCACAGACACGGCUUCGGAAUAUCAGGAGGCACCGCCAUCGGCAACACUGGCGACUUUGGUCUGGAGUAUACCAGAGAUGUGGCCGAAGGAGCUGGACAUUCGAGGAUUUAUUCAUGAUUUCCUCAGCGCUGUAGGUGAGAUAAUCCUGCUUCCGGAACGCUUCUUUGGGUAUUACUACUAGUAUUGCCUGCCCUGAAGAUUUUCAUUUUUCUCUAACACCAGGUAAUCGUAAUGUUAACACGUUCAUCAGAAACAUCCGUGUAGUAGUACUGACCACAACAGCAUUAUUGCGGCUUGAGUUUUUAUGAACAAAGAUGAAUCCUCAUUCUUUGUUCCUUCUCUUUCUCAUACUCACGGUGACAUACAAGUACAACAAACCCCUUACGCAUUAUCAGGUUCAUCGUAACAGACGGAACAUAUGAACUUCCAGCGCGUAUGAGCGAUGAACAAACGUGGAAAGUUAUCAAGCGCUUGUACUUCCUCGGAAUCCCCUCCAUCGCCGGUAUCUGCGCUGCGCUCGUAGUGCUGCUGCCCAAAUACUACUAA